AUUGUCUCAGCAGUCAGAGCACAAGGGGCUCCAGUUGCUGGAUUCCUUUUGUGCUGACAUUGUGGGCCACGCAACUCAGUCUUAGCCAUGGCACCCAAGAAAGCUAAGAAGAGGGCAGAGGGUGCCAAUUCCAAUGUCUUCUCUAUGUUUGAACAGGCACAGAUCCAGGAGUUCAAAGAGGCCUUCACCAUAAUGGAUCAGAACCGUGAUGGCUUCAUUGAUAAGGCAGACCUGAGAGACACAUUUGCUGCCUUAGGACGCCUGAAUGUCAAAAAUGAGGAACUUGAAGAAAUGAUCAAAGAAGCUCCUGGAGCAAUUAACUUCACUGUCUUCUUGACCAUGUUUGGAGAGAAGCUGAAAGGUGCUGAUCCAGAGGAGACUAUUCUGAAUGCAUUCAAAGUAUUUGACCCGGAGGGCAAAGGUCUGAAGGCAAACUAUAUUAAAGAGAUGCUAAUGACACAAGGGGAACGGUUUUCACAGGCUGAGGUAGACCAAAUGUUUGCAGCUUUCCCUCCAGAUGUGACUGGCAUCCUGGAUUAUAAGAACCUUGUCCAUAUCAUCACACAUGGAGAAGAAAAGGAUUAAAGAGCAGGGAACACAGUUUGUGUGCUGACCAGGAACAAUACUUUGCGAGGCUCUUUUUGCUGCCCACUUCUGGUUCUUUCUGUCCAUGCUAGCUGGUGCAACAUGAGGGGUGGGGGAGGGUGUUGUAUGUUACCUGAACGUUGUUGUUAUCUUGGUGUCCCCUCCAUUGUCUUUGCAGAGAGAAAUCAGCUGGAGAAACAGGUUUCUAACAUUGUAUCCUGUGUUGAAUGAAUCUGUUUGCAAGAGAAAA